GGGGACAAGGUCUCGCUCAUAUCAGGAGGAAGUAGAAAGAAGUUAGUCUUUGAAAAACAUUUAGGACAUAAUUACAGCCCUGGUCGUAUUCAAGGAUUGAGCUUGGACUUUACCAUAUAACAGGCGCCUCUUGUUAGCGUUUUAAAAUUAUAGAUUAGAGCAAAUCAUAGAAACUGCACGUUUAUCGAGGCGUUACAUAACAAGCUGGAUGCUCAAUAAGCACGCCCCCUGUAAACCCAGUGUCUAUGGCACAGACCACGUUGAAGAUAUUAAAAAAAACCCCGCGAAAUAAGUCACGUGAUCCAAGGAUUGGCGCGAAUUUUUCAGAGCGGAAUCCGUAGCGGCAGUAAUUGUCCUUCUCUGCCCCCACUACUGUCCAGACUUCUCAACUUCAAGUGGAUAUAAGUGGCCAGUCGCGAGUGUACCAGCAGAAUGUCAUCUCCAACAUCCACACCAAGCCGUAGGAAGAGUAAACGUGGGCGAGGCAGUAACCCUCCAACUCCUCGUGGAGAGGAAGUGCAGUCUCCUCCGUCACAGAAAAGACGGACAGAAGAUUCCACAUCAAUUGGUGAGCUUCUGCCCAUGCCAACCUCACCUUCAGGAGACAUUCAGAGUCCCUUGUUUUCUAGCCCUGCACCAUCAAGGCAUUCAGCCCAUCAAAGUGAGCUUGAUCUAAGCUCUCCUCUGACUUAUGGCACCCCUAGCUCAAGGGUUGAGAGUACCCCAAGAAGUGGUAUCAGAGGGACUCCUGCUCGUCAGAGACCUGACCUGGGAUCAGCACGCAAAGUUAAGCAGGUGGAUUUACAUUCAGACCAGCCUGCUGCAGAGGAGCUAGUUACGAGUGAGCAAUCUUUGGGACAGAAGUUGGUGAUCUGGGGAACUGAUGUCAAUGUUGCCAUAUGCAAAGAAAAGUUUCAGCGUUUUGUUCAGCGAUUCAUUGAUCCUUUGGCCAAAGAAGAGGAAAAUGUAGGGCUGGAUCUGAAUGAGCCUAUCUAUAUGCAACGACUUGAAGAGAUAAAUGUGGUAGGCGAGCCAUUUCUAAACAUUGACUGUGACCAUCUCAGAAGCUUUGACCAGGAUCUUUACAGACAACUAGUGUGCUACCCACAGGAAGUUAUACCAACAUUUGAUAUGGCUGCUAAUGAGAUCUUCUUUGAGCGGUACCCUGACUCCAUUUUGGAGCACCAGAUUCAAGUUCGACCCUAUAAUGCAUUGAAAACAAGAAAUAUGAGAAGCCUAAAUCCUGAAGAUAUUGAUCAACUUAUCACAAUUAGUGGCAUGGUUAUCAGAACUUCUCAAAUCAUCCCUGAGAUGCAGGAAUCAUUUUUUAAAUGUCAAGUGUGUGCCUUCACUACUCGGGUGGAGAUUGAUCGUGGGCGCAUUGCAGAGCCAUCUGUCUGCAAACACUGCAACACCACACACAGCAUGGCUCUUAUUCACAAUCGCUCUAUGUUUUCAGACAAGCAAAUGAUUAAACUGCAAGAGUCUCCAGAAGAUAUGCCUGCUGGUCAGACACCUCAUACAACCAUUCUCUAUGCUCAUAAUGACUUGGUAGAUAAGGUACAGCCUGGUGAUAGAGUGAAUGUCACAGGUAUUUAUAGAGCUGUCCCAAUUCGAGUUAACCCUAGAGUUCGAAAUGUAAAGUCGGUUUACAAAACUCACAUUGAUGUAAUUCAUUACCGAAAAACGGAUUCAAAGCGGUUGCAUGGUAUUGAUGAGGACACUGAACAGAAGAUGUUCACUGAAGAAAGGGUUGCAGUGUUAAAGGAACUGGCAGCAAAGCCAGACAUCUACGAGAGGCUUGCUGCAGCUCUUGCACCAAGUAUAUAUGAGCAUGAAGAUAUAAAAAAGGGAAUUUUACUUCAGUUGUUUGGUGGGACACGGAAGGACUUUAGCCAUACUGGAAGAGGCAAAUUCCGUGCUGAAGUAAACAUACUUUUGUGUGGUGAUCCAGGAACCAGUAAAUCUCAGCUUCUCCAAUACGUAUAUAAUCUGGUACCUAGAGGCCAGUACACCUCUGGAAAGGGAUCCAGCGCAGUUGGAUUAACCGCAUAUGUGAUGAAGGACCCAGAAACGAGGCAGUUGGUACUGCAGACUGGCGCCUUGGUUCUUAGUGACAAUGGCAUUUGCUGCAUUGAUGAAUUUGACAAAAUGAACGAGAGCACUAGAUCUGUCCUACAUGAAGUAAUGGAACAGCAAACCCUCUCCAUUGCAAAGGCUGGAAUAAUCUGUCAACUAAAUGCACGUACCUCCGUUUUGGCUGCUGCAAACCCAGUGGAGUCACAAUGGAACCCCAAGAAAACCACUAUAGAAAAUAUACAGCUUCCACAUACACUCUUAUCAAGGUUUGAUCUAAUAUUUUUGAUGCUGGAUCCACAAGAUGAAACAUAUGACCGCCGCUUAGCCCACCACCUUGUGGCUUUGUACUACCAGAGUGAGGAGCAAUUGAAAGAAGAGCACUUAGACAUGGCAGCAUUAAAGGAUUAUAUUGCAUAUGCUCGCACCUACGUGAAUCCAAGACUUGGUGAAGAAGCAAGCCAGGCUCUAAUAGAGGCCUAUGUAGACAUGAGGAAAAUCGGCAGUGGUCGUGGAAUGGUUUCUGCCUAUCCCAGACAACUCGAGUCUCUAAUACGCUUAUCAGAAGCGCAUGCAAAAGUACGCUUUUCUAGCAAGGUGGAAACAAUUGAUGUUGAAGAGGCAAAACGUCUUCAUCGUGAGGCUUUGAAACAGUCUGCCACUGAUCCCAGAACUGGCAUUGUUGAUAUAUCUAUUCUCACAACAGGAAUGAGUGCAACUGCUCGAAAACGUAAAGAAGAAUUGGCCCAGGUUUUAAAGAAGCUUAUCCAGUCCAAGGGCAAAACUCCAGCUUUCAAAUACCAGCAGCUUUUUGAGGAUCUACGUGGGCAGUCUGAUGCAGCCAUUACAAAAGACAUGUUUGAUGAAGCUUUGCAUGCACUUGCAGAUGAAGACUACUUAACAGUGACUGGAAAGACUGUAAGGUUGCUGUAAAAAGAUACUGUAUCUUCUGCAUACAUCUGUAUAGUAUCAACUUAUGAAAGCGGCUUUAAUUGUAGUGUUUACAUUUUGUAACGUCUUAUUUUUUGCUUUCUGGUAAAUGUUUUAUUGAAACUUAAAGUGCUUUGCCUCAAGUGCUCCUAUGUAACUGUUUUAGGCUACUAUGCAGAGUGCGAAGGGAAAAUAUUCUGUAUGAUGGACAGAAAAAAAAAACAUUCCAGCAAAUAUGUGUAAUUAUGGUAAUUUCACCAAAAUAAUCUGAUGUACAUUAAACUAUCAGGCUACAA